AUGACAGUUUGGUUUGUAAAUCCACUGUUUUAUCACAGUGUCAAUGGCGUUUGGCUAUUCACCCCACAUCCACUUGAACUCAAUAUUGUUAAUCGGGACUCGGUAAGGUUAAAAAUGGCAAGAACUUUCUUUACAAAAUACAAAAUGGCAAGAACUUUCUUUACAAAACAUAAAAUGGCAAGAACUUUCUUUACAAAUCAUAAAAUGGCAAGAACUUUUUUUACAAAACAUAAAAUGGCAAGAACUUUCUUUACAAAAACAUAAAAUGCUAAGAAAUUUCUUUACAGAACAUAAAAUGGCAAGAACUUUAUUUACAAAACAAAAAAUGGCAAGAACUUUCUUUCCAAUUAAAAUUAUUUCAAAAUUAUUAAAAUUUGCAGUACCACCAAAUAGUGCACUCGUUCAAUAACUUCACUCUGGCCAUAUCAUUGCCUAUUAUCUAUUUGACCUUCUUCUUGACCAGACCGAAGAAGAACAAUCAACGGUUUUCGAAUUUUGCCAAAAGGGAUAUUAGUGUAGGUUUGAAAUGACAUUUUAGUUAUAAUUUCUAAACCUUUUAGGCUAAGAAAUGACUUUUUAGGCUUAAAAAAUGAGCUUUAGACUUAAAAAUAACUUUUUAGGCUUAAAAAUUAGCUUUAAGCAUGAAAAUCAAUUUUUAGGCUUAAAAAUCCCUUUUUAGGAUUAAAAAAGGAGCUUUAGGCUUAAAAAAAACUUUUUAGGCUUAAAAUGGCUCACAAGGCUUUAGCAUGACUUUUUAGGCUUAAAAUGUAUUUUUAGGCUUAAAACGUGGCUUCUAGAUUAAAAAGUGAUGUUUCAUGAAUUUUUAAGUUAAAAAGUGAAUCUUUAAGCUAAAAUUCACUUUUUAGGCUUAAGACUAAAUUUCCCGAAAAAAAUAUCUUACUUUACCAUUUUUAGUUAUUCGUCCAAUCCAUGUUAGUCACCGGCUCCGUAGCUCUAUGUGCCGGUUCCUACGCCUUCCUGGAGCUUUUCGACUUGUCGGCCGAACUCACCAAGGCCGCUCAUUUCCUUUGGGUUUUAGUUGAAGGAGCACCAUCAGUCGUCUAUCUUACACUGAAUCAAACAAUAUUACACUUGAUAUUUGUUAGGGAUCAGCACCCAUCAACAUCGACCGAAGUUCCUAAUCACUCGAAAAAUGAUAUUAGACCAGCUGUUAAUGUUAUUACUGGCUCAAUAAAUUGA